AUGUACCACCUUGGCGGCCUUGAAACCCAACCCCCAACGGCCAACCGUCACGAACACCUAACAGAUCCAACAGUUUGCAUUUACGGCAACAUUGACGUGGCGGAGAGCAUAGACCGAGUCAACAGCAUAACGGACAUCAUUAGGGUGCGAUCUCAACCGUCCAAGGUGACCAUCACCCAGCGGCAGCCCAUUCUGUACUACUUGGCUGCGUACAGCGCUUACGUAAUCAUCGCUAACGGCAAAGUAUCGUACCUCGACGCGGAGCGCGCUCAAAUCAACCUGUGGAAGCCGAUCCAGCUGUCGCAGUAUGUACGACAGGGUGCGACAUUGGUGCUAAUCGAUGGCGCGACCCAGCGGCCCGACAACGUGACGUUCAACAGCUUCGGGGCGCUGCUUGAUGCGGUACUGGCGGACUCUGGACCCUCGGGAUGCCGUGGGUACGAUAUCCCGCGCGGCAUGAAGGCGUAUCGCAACGAGGCCUUACCGGCGUCCGACCCUUUUGCCCAAAUAAAGAGUCCCAUUAACCGGACCCCGCUCGACGCAACCGUUGCAGUGGGCGGGGGAUGUCCGGCAGUCCGUACGGCAUAG